AUGGUACUCACCGGCUACUUCUUUUCAAAAUUGACUAAUAUAAUAGGAAGAAAAAAGACUAUGUUACUGAUAGGCGUACCUCAAAUAUUGUCGCUGUUGAUUUGCGGAUUCGCGAGAAGUAUCUAUGUCUUCUAUAUCGGCAGAGUGUUUGCUGGUCUGGCGAGUGCGAUAGUUUGGUCAGCCCUGCCGGCUUACAUAGGAGAAGUGGCGUCACCGCAGGUUAGGGGAGUAUGGGGCAAUAGUCUCACUUCAGUUAUUUAUGCCGGACAGUUCUUUAUCAAUGUUGCUGGAAGUUACUGUGAUAUAUUAACAGCUUCUUGUAUAUUCACUUCUAUUUCAGUUUUGUUUUCCGUAGUUUUUUAUUUCAUGCCAGAGUCACCUUUCUUUUUUAUUAUAAAUGGAGAUGAAGAGUCUGCUAAGAAGUCGUUGAGGUUUUUGACCAGAAAAACAAAUGUUGAUAAGGAUUUUUUAAUGCUCAAAAAGGAUGUUGACAGACAGAUGUCAGAGACUGGUAAUUGGAAAGAUUUGUUUUGUAUUAAAAGCAACAGAAAGGCUCUUACAAUUGCUCUAUUUUUAAGAAUAACCCAAACAUUUAGUGGAUCAGCAAUAUUAACUCAAUAUAAUCAAUAUAUUAUAAAGAAAGCUGGAGGAAAUGUAAGCCCGGAAAUCGCCUCCAUUAUUUUUACCGGUCUUUGUGUAGUUUUUAACAUUUUCGUAAUCAGUUUCAUAGUUGACAGGUUUAGCAGGAAAGUAUUGUAUGCAUCCUCAUCAGUCCUUUGCAGCAUGGUUCAAUGCACACUGGCUUCUUAUUUCUACUUCGAUGAAUUUGUCCCUAACGCAGAUCUAGACUCUGUGUCUUGGUUGCCAUUAACCUGCCUCAUUACAUUCCAAAUAGGAUGGUCCUAUGGCUUAGCAAUCAUACCAACCCUAAUGAUGGGAGAAUUGUUCUCGGUUAGUAUAAAGUCAAAGGCUAUGAUUAUUAUGAUGGUUGCCUUGGGAGGAGGAGUAUCUUUUGUAAACUUAUUGUUCAAUAUUUUAAAUAGUGCUUUGGGAACUUUUGCUCCCUUCGCCUUUUUUGCGCUCUGUGGCAUUGGAUCAGCUAUAAUGUCCUUGUAUAUUAUUCCUGACACUAAAGGCAAGACUUUGGAGGAAAUACAAAUGGAUUUAAAAGCAUCUUCGAAAGAUAACAACAAAAAUAUUAUAAAAUUAGGCAUUGGAAAGUAG